AUGGUGGCGAGCGAUGGAGCCAUCAAGGUGGAGAGUUCGAAAGGCCCCUGGGCAGCGUCGGCUGCUUGCAGCGCCCAGGGUCCACGACCUCAGAAUGAGGACGUGCAUGUGAUGAUAUGCGAUGGGCUUCCGGAGGGGCCUGCUCCGAACAUCAAGGCAGCAGGGUUGCCUGGGCUGUUCGAUGAUCUUCCAGAGCUGGUCAGUGGACCUUCUCUGCCAGCAGUGGAGAAGCCGCAGUGCACAGACUGCUUAUUUGCCGUGUUCGAUGGCCAUGGUGGGAUCUCGGCGGCGAGAGCUUGCGCAGAGCGGAUACCAACGGAGAUCCGUGAGGAGUUAGAUGCUGCUGGUCGAGACACACCCGAAGCGCGACAGGCAGCCGUCGCGGGCACUUACCUUGCCCUUGACAGGCACUUACGCAUCAAGCUCGGGCCUGCGGCAAGAGAGUGUGGUACAACCUGCGUUUUCGCUUAUGUGUGGAAGAAAGAGGACGUGCCAUCGACAUAUGGUGUUCUCCUUGCCAACUUGGGAGACUCGCGUGCCUUGGUUUUGAAGUCGCGCAAGAACGGGGGUCCAGCCAGUCAUGAACUGGUCGGCGAAACGAAGGACCACACGCCCAGUGCACCGGAGGAAGAGAAGCGCAUCCGCGCAGCCGGAGGAAAGGUGGAGGUCUUCCCAGGGAGCAAGGUGCCUGUGAUGCGGGUCGAUG